AUGAAGAGGAGUAAAACCUACAAAGAAAAUUGGCGAAGAAAGUUUGAUGGGAAAAGUGAAAGAAAAAAAAGUAGGUUUGAUUUAGAUGGUUUUUCGAGCAUUGACAAAAAAUUUGGAAUCAAUCUCCAAAAAAUAGGGCCAAACUACAGGGAAGUUGGCUACUUAUACAAUGUUCAAGUUUCAUCUGAGUUAAUAUCUGAAACAGGAACUUCAUUGAAAGGAGAAGAUCUUGGAAAUUCGGAUUCACCCGAGCUCAUUGAAUCUUACAAGGAACGUUCUUGUCUGAAUUUGUAUUUUAUUAAUAAGCAGGGACUUACAUAUAAAACUCCAUUCUUCUUCAGGCCAUACUUUUACUUGGAAGCAAAUAAGGGAGUAGAUGUCCAUUGGAUGUUAACCAAUCUUGAAAACAAGUACAGAGGUACCAGUGUAGAAUUUAUCAAUAUUUUAAAAGAAGAUUUAACUCUAGAUAACCACUUAAUUGGUGAGAAGAGGGAGCUUAUUAAAGCUUCAUUUGAUAAUGUGAAAGAGCUUGUCAUUACCAGAAACGAAAUUUUGGAUCAUAUAAGGAAGAAUAAGAUGGAGAAAAGCAAGAAUGAAGACUUUGAACUCUAUUAUGAGCAGGAUCACCAAAUCCACGAAAAUAAAAGCAUUGAUGUAUUAGACUUGGUUUCUGAGAUUUAUGAGUAUGAUGUUCAAUAUGAAACACGAGUUAUGAUAGAUAACUCCAUUUCUAUUGGGAUGUGGUACGAUUUUGUGCGUUGGACCCACGAGCUUUCAGAACUAAACUGCUUAGAAAAUGAUACAUCUGCACCAGAUUUAAGAAGUUUAGCUUGGGAUAUAGAAACUACCAAAGAUCCUUUAAAAUUUCCUAAUGUGGAAAAAGAUCAAAUAAUGAUGAUUUCCUGUAUGUUUGAGGGUCAAGGAUACCUGAUAACUAAUAGGGAAAUUGUUUCAUCAGAUAUUAGUGAUUUUGAGUAUUCUCCUAAAAAAGAUUUUGAAUCAUUUUUUAAGUGUAUUAACUAUAAAGAUGAAAAAGAACUUAUUUGGGGUUUUCUAAAACUUAUCCAAACCCUAAGACCACAUAUUAUAGCUUCUUAUAAUGGAGAUAACUUCGAUUUCCCUUUUCUAUAUGAAAGAGCAAAAAAAUAUGACAUUGAUGUCUCCAAGGAGUGGGGAAUUAGGAUGGAGAUUGAUCAUUCAUCCACAGGAGGACCUCAAUCUACUUCUAAAACAAUCUUUUCUGGAACUAGUAUAAUCCACCUAGAUUGCUUUAGAUGGGUAGAAAGGGAUUCCUACCUUCCUUGUGGAUCUAGAGGCUUAAAAAGUGUGACUAAGGCAAAACUAAGAUAUAAUCCUGUGGAACUUGACCCAGAAUUGAUGGUUCCCUAUGCAAGAAGCAAUCCUCAAGUUUUGGCUGAAUAUUCUGUUUCAGAUGCAGUAGCUACAUACUUUCUUUACAAGACCUAUGUUCAUAGAUUUAUCUUUGCUUUGGCUACUAUAAUUCCCUUAUCUGGAGAAGAUCUUCUUAGAAAGGGAUCAGGAACUCUCUGUGAACACUUACUAAUGAAGGAAGCUUUUAAUAAGAAUAUCUUAUUUCCUAAUAAAAAAGUUCAAGAAACUAUGGAGUUUUACCAGAACAGACCAAUUCUUAAUAGUACUUAUGUUGGAGGAACUGUAGAGUCUUUGUGUAGUGGAGUAUUUAGAGCUGACAUUCCUGAGAGUUUCAGUUUGGACAUUAAUACACUUAGAAAUUUGCUUGAAAGACUAGAUUCUACUUUGAAGUUCGGUAUAAAGGACGCCGGUACCACAUUAGAAAAUAUUGAAAAUUAUGAAGAAGUCAGAAAUGGAAUUUUAGAGAAGCUAGAAGGUCUAAUAAAGUCUCCAAAAAUCAAAAUUGAGCCUUUAAUAUACCAUCUAGAUGUGGCUGCUAUGUACCCCAAUAUUAUUCUGACCAACAGACUGCAACCUACUGCAGUUAUAGAAGAGACAACCUGUAUGAAAUGUCCAUUUAGCUCAGAGUCAGAACUCUGUCAGAGAAAGAUGAAUUGGAGAUGGAAAGGGGAUGUUUUCCCAAUUUCCAAAGGAGAAAUGGAAAGAAUGCUUAAUCAUAUGCAGAUAGAGACUUUUGAGAAUAUUAAAUAUGAGAUAGGAGUAAAUAAGAAGAAAAAAUAUGGAGAUCAUGAAAGUGAUUCAGAAAAUGAUGAGAAAAUUGAAGAUAAUGUAGAGAAUGUCAAUUUGAAUAGUAAGGAAAAGAUAAAAUGGGCUUCUUUAACUCCUAAACAACAAUCUGAGAUUUUAAUACAAAGAAUGAAGGCUUAUUGUAAUAAGAUAUAUAGGAAACAGACAGAGAAUAUUGAAGAGACUAGAUCUUCCAUAGUUUGUCAGAGAGAAAAUCCCUUUUAUAUAGAUACAGUAAGACGUUUUAGGGAUAGGAGAUAUGUUUAUAAAGGUAAGAAAAAAGAAGCAGAGGAAAAGUUAAAGAAGGCUGAAUCAAUGGGAGAUUUGUUGGCAGUUCAAGAAGCUCAGAAUGAGGAGGUUCUUUACGAAUCCCUACAAUUAGCUCAUAAAUGUAUAUUGAACUCUUUUUAUGGUUAUGUUAUGAGAAAAGGAAGCAGAUGGUUUUCUAUGGAAAUGGCUGCUAUAGUUACCUGGGUUGGAGGCAAUGUUAUUAGAGAGGCUAGAUCUUUAAUGGAAGGUAUCGGUAGACCUUUAGAAUUAGAUACUGAUGGAAUUUGGGCAAUACUUCCAAAAGGAUUCCCAGAGGAGGUAACCUUUAGAUUAAAAAACGGAGGUAAGAAGAAGAUUAACUAUAUUUGUACUUUGUUAAAUCAACAGGUCCAUAAAACAUGGACCAACAAUCAGUACUUAGAGUAUGAUGCAAAUCUUGGCAAAUAUAACGUCAAAGUAGAGAACUCUAUAUAUUUUGAGGUAGAUGGUCCAUAUAAGUGCUUUUUCAUCCCUGCUUCAGAUAAACAGAAUAAGCUUCUUAAAAAGAGAUAUGCAGUUUUUGACUUUGAAAACAGGCUUAGAGAGCUUAAGGGGUUUGAAUUAAAGAGAAGAGGAGAACUCCAACUGAUUAAGAUUCUUCAGGAAGAGCUAUUCCCAGCAUUUCUAAAAGGGAAUUCCAAGAAGGAGGCAUAUGAAUCAGUAGCUUCUAUAUCAAAAAAGUGGCUUAAUUUGAUAGAUACUAAAGGGAAAGGUAUUCUUGAUGAUGAACAGCUAUUUUUUUUAAUUUCAGAAUCUAAGAAUAUGUCUAAGAGUGUACAACAGAUGGGAAAUGCUAAGUCAAUGUCUAUUACUACAGCAAGAAGACUUUUUGAAUUUCUUCAGAAUCCUUCUUACAUUCAAGAUAAGAACAUUGUUUGUAAGUUUAUAGUUUCAGAGUUCCCAAAAGGAGAAGAUAAAAGCCAGAGAGCAAUUCCACUUUCUAUUUUUUCUACACCUUUGGAAACAAGAAUUUCCUGGCUUUCUAAAUGGCUUAGAAUAAGCAAAUCUGGAGAGAGGAGCAAAGAGGAUCAAAAACAGGAAGGUAACAUCAUUAAUAAGGAAAAUGAAAUUAAUAAGUGGAAUGUUCGUAAUAUUCUUGACUGGGAAUAUUACAAAAAAAGACUCACAAGUACUAUUUUGAAAAUAGUUAUAAUCCCUGCCAUCAACCAGGGAGUUCCUAAUCCCCUCCCAGAAUUAGAGGUACCGAAUUGGGUAAAAUAUCAUUCAGAGAUUGUAUAUACUAAUCAGCAGAAGAUUUCAGAGUAUUUUACUGUUGUUAAGAAAAACAAUGAUUCUUCUGAGCUUCAGACUAACAUUCCCAAACUUUCAGAUCCAGGCCCAGUUGAAGAAGUUAAUGAUAGAACAAAUCCAGAUAUUGAUCUUCAAACGAGUAAUAUAGUGGAAACAGAUAAUGGGAAGUUACCAGAACCUUCAAGCAACGAUCAAAUAACAAAGCUUGAUAGAAAGUUGACUAAAAGGGAAAGGAUUGAGUUAUUCAAAGAAAAAGGACUUAAAUUCUGGAUAGAGUAUCAUAAGAAGUUCUGGCUGGAAAGUUUCCAUGCAUUUAAUUUAAGGCAAUCCGAGCUUGAAAACAAACUAAAGAACAUAGACAAGGCAAAGUUGGAGCAUUUUGGAAAAGGUAACAAAACUAAAGGUAUCGAAUUUUUUUCAGAAUACCAGUUCUUGACUAGAGGGAAAUUUCAUAUUUUGGACAUUUAUCCUCUAAGGGUCAAGGAAAGAAAUAGAGGAGACCAGGAUGAGGAUUUACUUGGAUUUUACAAUGUUGUUAUGUACUCAGAACAGACUGGAGGCUGCUUUAUUGUUACAUUUGAGUUCCUCAGACGCUUUUACAUUGCUACUAACGUCCAAAUACAAGUUAUGGACAAUGAUAGUGAUGGAGAAUUUAUCACAAAAUCUAUAGCUACCGGAAAAGAGUUACCUAGAGGGGUACCGUAUGAUUAUUUAACAGAAAUUAUUAUAUCAGAGAGAAGAUUUCAGAAAUCAAAAUCAACAUUAAUAUGUGAUAAUAAUACUGUUGGAAUUUAUGAAGCAAAUAUACCACUUGAAUUUUCUAUUUUGGAGAGAUUUGGUAACAUGAUUGAAAGUAACACUCCUAAUGUUGAGAAGUUACUACUCAAAAAUGGUGCAGUUUCUGACAAAUUUUGGAGUUCAGCUGGGUUAAAGCAAAAGAUCUUAAAUUAUGGUGAUAUCAUUCAUUGGUUAUUUCUUUCUAUAUGUACUUUCGAAGACAGGAAGUGCUUUUCUCUUGUAGAUCUGAGUAAGAGAAGGAUCUAUUUUUUACUUGGCUCAGGACCACCAGUACCCCACAAUAUCCUCAAAUCUGAACUGGAGAGACAUGUUAGAGAGGAUCGAAGAUUAGCAAAAAUUACACAAAUUCAUGUUAAUUACUUGAAGACCAUAAAAGAAUCUCUGGAAGAAUUAGAUCAACUUUUGGAAAAUCUAAUACAAGAAUUCCCAAAAGAACCAGUGGUACUGUUGGUUAAUUCUAUGGUUGGUUUGGAAGAACUUAAAGCACAUAAUAGUAACUUAAGUCUUUACGGUACUAUAUUAAGAGGAUAUGUUUCUGGAUUAGAGCAUGAAAAAAAGAUUAUUGAGACUAGAAUGGUAACUUUGUGGGAAGAGAAAAGAGAUAUAGAUCAAAAUAACCUUUUCAGCAAAUUUAACUGGUAUAAGGACUCAGUUAAAUACUCAAUAAAAACUUUAAAGGAGGGGAUCAGCAAACUUCAGCUAGCUUUAGAACUUUCUAAAGCUUUGAGACUUCCAGUACUAUAUUUGCUUCAGUUUGAAGACAACCUGACAAACUUUUUAUACGACAUUAUUUACUCUAGAGAGCUUCAUUCAAUGGGACUACUAAGCUGGGGAUCUUUGAGUUCCACUCCGGAUCUUGGGAAUCCAAGGCUAAUCCAGCUCUCUAAAAGUGAUUGGGAUCUAAGAAGGCUUGGAUACUUAAUGUCAACAAAAGAUCUUAAUUAUGGAGGAUAUAAUAAUGGUACUGGCAAUUUAAGUAAUGGUUUAGAUAACUUUGAAUUAGAUAUAUUGGAGGUCGUAAGGCCAGGAAUUUACAGGAACUAUGGGGUUAAGCUGGAUUUUAAGCAAUGGUUAAUAAUAGAAUCUGUAAGGAAUUGUAAAAAACUUUCUGAAAAAUAUAAGUUGGAUGACUUUGAAAAAGGAGAGAAGAAAAUCCUGGGAGCUGAAUGUAAGAGAAAGAAUACAGAAAAAGAUGACAAGAAAGAUAUUUUAAUCUACAACCUUGGAAAGAAAAAACACCUGAGUAAUCCAAAUAAUAAGCAAGGCUUAUUGAUUUCCCAACCUCUCUAUAACCAUUCCUCACUUUCCACAAGCUCGGCUUUUCUGUGUCUAGAGAAAACCAUUAACAAGAUGAGGUCUGUGAUCGAAAGCCACGAAAAUAUUGGGUCAAUCUUUAGGAUUUACUGUGGCCAGAAACGCUUUAAAAGUGAAGGAUCUGAUGGAGAAAACGACAGGUCUCGGAAAGAGGAAGACAACGACAAAGAUGAGAAGUAUGAGGAUGGAAACGAGGAGAGAGAUGAUGAGGAUGAGGAUGAGGAUGAGGAAGAAGAAACUUCAAACCUUUUGUUUGAGUUCAUGGUUACUUUACAGGAGAGGUUCUACUCUUGGUUGUCUUCUCCAAGCUCUCUUUUGUAUGAUCCUGCUCUAAUAGAAAUGACCAAAAACUAUUCUCAUAAGUAUUUUAAAUCCCUGGAAGCUGAUAUGAGGGAAAUGGGGAUUCUGGUGGUUUACGGGAACAUUAGAAAAAUGGUCCUGACAUUUAAUGUGGAAGAGUUAAAGAACAACAGUAUCAAAAAUACUGGGGAUCUGAGGGCUCAUUUUUCUAAGCUUAUGCAUAUUUUGAACAGCAGAGAGCUAUACUCGGGUAUUUCUUUAGAUCCUUCUUUGGAGUACAAAUCUAUGAUUCAAAUUGACAGGACAAACUAUAUUAGAAGGACCAUGGGAAGAGGAGGGUUAGGUGAAGGGUUAGAAGACCCAUACGAAAUGAAUUUAAACUUGUUGAACUAUUUCCCAGUAAAUUCAAGAAAGUAUAUAGUUAGUGAGAUUUCAAACUUUUUGAUGGAGCCUCUUAGGGAACUAAGAAACUAUCUCAAGAAAAAUCCUAAUAUAUCUAUUAGGGAAUCCUUCAAAGUACUAGGAGAUAUAGUUUUAGAACAAUUUGGACCACUUAGUGAAAAUUUUCAGAACUUUUUACAGGCUAUUUCGAAUCCAGGUGCCUACAUUGCAAGUAAAUACGGAAUACAACAGUUUGAAGAUCCAUUAAAUGAUAUUGGAUGGAAUGAGAAUAUAAGGGAAGAAGAUAAGUGGGACUAUGAGAAGAACAUGGAUAUUUAUACUUCAGGCUCUAAGAAUCAGACAUUGGAAGAAAAUAAUACUUUACUGUUAAGUAAGAACCUGGAAAACUUGGAUUUUAAUAAAGGAGAUGAUGUUCCUUUUGCUAUUUACCCAAGUUCUAAAAAAAAGAAAGGAAGUAACUCCUAUAGAGUUGGAGCCUCACUCAAAACAAUAAGAGAAAAGGUAAAUAAGAAGAGAACAAACUCAAAAGAUUUGUUUGAACUUCCUCCUUGUAUUGGGAAAGUUUUUAGUGGAAGUAAGUCUUCUCUGAGUCUGGAACUUAUUAAAUUGUUUAUUUAUAUAUGGGGACUGGAUAGGUCAUUUUUUAUGGAUGAGAAUAAAGAGAAACAAUAUGAACAAAUAAUUUAUAUGGUUUGUCAAACUGUUGAAAUUUCAGAGUUUAACCCAAUAGUUACAGAGAAAUGGAAAAGUCCCUUAAUUCCUUAUAUAAUAAAGGACUUCGUUUGCCCGAAUUGUCUUGAAAUUGAGGAUUUUGACUUUACAGGAAAUGCAAUCCAAGAUGAAGAUGAUAUUGAAUUUUUAAAUAACGGUAAUAAUAAUAUCCCGAGACAGAAAUUUACUUGGUACUGUAACCAUUGUAACUUUUCCAUUGAUAAUGAGAUUUUAGAAGAGAAACUUCUCCUUGAGUUUUUUGAAAGAUUGGAAGUUAUUCAAUCACAAGACAUUCUCUGUUCAAAGUGUAAUUCCGUCCAAAUUGGACACAUGCAAAAACAUUGCCAUGAGUGCACUGGAGAGUUAACUACUAGACUUGGAAAUCACAAGGGAUUCCAUAACUUUUUUUCUCUCUUCAAUUCAGUUGCUCACUACUAUUCAGAUCUAAAUAAUGGAUCCAACAAAAAACCAGAAUUUCAAGGUCUUAUUGAAUUUAAAAAUAUGUAUGAAAACAUUCUUUACAUUUAA